AAAAUCCAAAAGUCCGGAGACCAAAAAAGUGGGUUUUGCCUAUUCUUAAUGCAUCACUUUUACAUUAAAGAUGUUAUGCAACAUUUCAAUGUCUUUGCCAUCCAAACGAUGCAUAAAGCCAAUGGCUUCGCUUUCAAAGUAUGGCGGCGAUAUCAUACGGCAACCUCUAAUUCAUCGUCCUUGCUUCGGGAAUUCACAGAGUUUUGCUACCAAAGAGACCUACCAAGAGCCAUGAAAGCCAUGGAUGCCAUGCACAAGCAUGGAAUUUGGGCUGAUUCAUUCACUUACUCUGAGCUCAUAAAAUGCUGCUUGGCUAGAAACGCAAUUGAACAAGGAAAACAAGUCUACAAACACCUUUCCUCUAAUGGGCACCAGCCCAAUAUCUUUCUCAUCAACAUGUUGCUCAAUAUGUACGUGAAAUUUAAUCUGUUAGAUGAAGCACUGACACUGUUCGACCAAAUGCCUGAGAGAAAUGUUGUUUCUUGGACCACAAUGAUAUCUGCUUUCUCUAAUGCAAAGCUGAAUGACAAGGCAUUGGAAUUUCUGAUUUGUAUGCUUAGAGAAGGUGUGAAGCCAAAUGUGUAUACAUAUUCUUCUAUUUUGAGGGCUUGUGAUGGUGUAUAUAAUCUUAGGCAGCUCCACGGUAAUAUAAUUAAAAGUGGGCUGGACUCUGAUGUCUAUGUUAGGAGCGCUCUCAUUGAUAUUUACUCAAAAUGGGGUGAAUCUGAAAAUGCAUUGUAUGUUUUCAAUGAAAUGGUAACAGGGGAUUUGAUUGUUUGGAAUUCUAUAAUUGCUGGAUUUGCUCAAAACAAUGAUGGUGAUGAAGCUUUAAAUCUUUUCAAGAGCAUGAAGAGAAAUGGUUUCCCUGCUAAUCAGUCUGCGCUUACAAGUGUCUUGAGAGCUUGUACUGGACUAGCACUAUUAGAAUUGGGGAGACAAGUUCAUGUUCAUGUAUUUAAGCAUGAUCAAGAUCUAGUAUUGAAUAAUGCCCUCCUGGAUAUGUAUUGUAAAUGCGGCAGUUUGGAAGAUGCCAAUUAUGUUUUCACUCGGAUGGUGGAGAAGGAUGUAAUCUCUUGGAGCACAAUGAUUGCAGGGUUUGCACAAAAUGGUUACAGCAGAGAGGCACUUAAAUUGUUCGAGUCCAUGAAAGUUUCAGGGACAAAACCAAACUAUAUAACCAUUCUUGGAGUGCUGUUUGCUUGCAGCCAUGCUGGACUUCUAGAAGCUGGCUGGCACUAUUUCCGAUCAAUGAAGAAGCUUUUCGGUAUUGAUCCAGGCAGGGAACACUAUGGUUGCAUGAUUGAUCUUCUUGGAAGAGCAGGGAAACUUGAUGAUGCGGUCGGGUUGAUAAAUGAAAUGGAAUGUGAACCAGAUGCUGUAACAUGGAGAACUUUGCUUGGUGCUUGCAGGGUGCACAAGAAUGUGGAUCUGGCUAUAUAUGCCGCUAAAAAGAUUCUGAAGCUGGAUCCUGAUGAUGCAGGAAGCUACAUACUCUUGUCUAAUAUUUAUGCCAAUGCUCAAAGGUGGGAUGAUGUUGCCCAGAUUAGGAGGAUCAUGAAUGACAUGGGAAUUAGGAAAGAACCAGGAUGCAGCUGGGUUGAAGUGAAUAAGCAGAUUCAUGCUUUCAUUUUAGGAGACAACUCGCAUCCGCAGUUCAAUGAGAUCAACAAGCAGCUGAGUGAGUUGAUUCAUAAGCUUAGGGGGUUGGGUUAUGUUCCAGACACAAAUUUUGUUUUGCAAGAUCUCGAGGGGGAACAAAAAGAAGACUCCUUACAGUAUCACAGUGAGAAAUUGGCGCUUGUCUUUGGUUUGAUGAGUUUGUCCAAAGAGCAUAUAAUUAGGAUCAGAAAAAACAUCAGGAUAUGCGGAGAUUGUCAUUUUUUCGUGAAACUUGUAGCAAAGAUGGAGCACAGGACUAUCAUAAUCAGAGAUCCCAUCAGAUACCAUCAUUUCCGAGAUGGGUUUUGUUCAUGCGGAGAUUAUUGGUAACAGAAGAUCUGUGUAUGUUACAAGUGAACAAAUUAAAAAUUUCAGGGAGAAGCAGGAAAAGUAGAAGACCUAGCUUACAAAUCAAUUUCACAGUUGCACUCAUAGAGGAUGGGUCUAAGAAACAGCAGCAAUUUAAAGAAAUUUCCAUCUAUAUUCGUCAAAGGAAGUCUGUGCGACUGCCUAAAUCCAUUACCUGCUGAUCUUACUUAUGAUCUGCCCAUAAUGUAACAUACACAUUAAGAAUCUAGGGCAUGGCUUUGAGCCUCGGGAACUGUUUGAACUUUGAAUUAGUACCAAUAGCAUCAAUACAAACUGCGUAAAGCUUUUUUCUUUU